AUGGCAUCAGCUAGGAACUCCUCCUUGUUUUGCCAGGCACUAGGUGGUAUUCUUAUGGAGGAUCGUUUCUCGGAUGUGACCAUUGUCUGCCAGGACGUGACUUUCAAGGCCCAUUGCUCCAUCAUCUGCACACAGUCUCACUUUUUCGAUGCCGCCCUUAAACAUAACUUUCAGGAAUCCAUCAGCAGGACCUUCAACCUACCUGAGGACGACCCGGAGACCAUCAGACGAGUCCUCUGCUUCCUCUACCAGCAGACUUACGAUGGUAAUGACCAAGAGGGAGAGCCAAAAUGCAACAUUUCAGGCAACUAUGAGAACCUAUUAAGCGGGCUUGAACACAGAAGGGCUGCCAGUGCUUGCAACAACCUCUCUGUCUACCUUGCGGCCGACAAAUUUGGCAUCUUUCUUCUCAAGGAGUUUGCUUUGUACAAGCUUUCUGCGUGGCUCGAAAGAUACUACAUGUCAUCAUCGUUCCCGAGAAUUGUUCUCCAAAUCAUGGUAUCAAUGCUUCCUCAUGACUCCAGUCUUCUCAAUGUACUCGUGGACGUCAUUUCGGGCAACUUCUAUGAACUUAGCUGCAACAAGGAGAUCCUGGAUAUUAUCCGAGAUCACGGUGAACUCGCAUCUCUCAUUAUUGCGAGAGUCGUAGAGAAAAAAUCCCAAGACUGCCCAUUGACAAGGAUAUGA